GUUAGUUGUGGCAGGAUCGCCGUGUGAUGCGUAGCUCGCUGUCUACGCUCUUCUCACCCUUAUUUCCGCGUGUUUGCAACUUCAUUUCGUUGAAACUCGUUGACGCAGAGGUAUAACGGCGCCGACGGAUGUGUAGCGAUGUUUAGGUGAAGUGCUUUAAGAUGCUCGGUUGAGGCGGGCGUCUGGCUGUGAUUUGAUUGUGAGUGGAUUGUUUUGAUGAUUGUGGGUGCUGUGGAGUGAUGAAUGCAGGAGGUGGACCGGAAGACGCAGGCGGUACGCACUCCAGUCCUGCUAUUACAGCCACCGACGAGGCUGCCGCAGUCGCCGACGGGGCUCGGGCAGGCACCGACGGGGCUGCUACCAGCAAGAGUGCCAGCAGCAGCGGCGGCAGCGGUGCCACCCCUCACACCCCUCACACCUCACGGGCCUCCAGCAGCAUGGGCAGCGAGCACAAGUAUCCAAGCUCUUCGCGGGAGAUGCGUAACAUGGCAGAGAAGAUGCGUAGAGACAAGCUGAACCACUAUGUCAAUGAGCUGGCCGGCAUUGUCCCACUGGGCACUGGAGCCAACAAGCGUAUUGACAAGACCUCUGUCCUUAGGCUCGCCGCUAACUAUAUACGCAUGCACAAGAUACUGAAGGAGGAUGAUGGUGACUCCGGAAGACUGCCAGCCAGCCUUGGUGCCAAUGUCACCCGCAGCCUUGCAGAAGCUGUGGGGGGGUUCCUGCUAGUGGUUACAUCUACAGGCAAAGUGGUUUACGUUACUGAAGCAGUUGAUCAGUUCUUUGGCCACAGUCAGGUUGACUUAUUGGGACACAGCAUCUACAACGUCAUUCAUCCCGAUGACCACGAUAUCUUCCAGCAGCAGCUCACCCCAAAAGAAAACAACCGACGGUCCUUUUUUUGCCGUAUGAUGGAGAAAGCCUUGUCACGUAAUGAUCCUGGGCGCUAUGAGAUUAUCCACGUGGUUGGUCAGGUACGACCCUUACCCCAAAGUGCAACCACCACCUCCUUACCUUGUGUAUUGGCACCAUCACCUAAUGGAACAAAUACAUCUAGUGAUCAUGAAGAUGAUUAUGAAUCUGAUGUUGAUGGAGACAGCCAGUCAGCAAACGUCCCCACGAGUAGAAUUGGAACACACAUGCUGGUUAGUUUUGUACGAGUGGUAAAGGAUCGGCCAAUCACAGAGCUUUCACUUGUGGAAUCUACACAGGAUGAAUACAUUACUCGGCAUGGAAUGGACGGAAAAAUAUUAUACACGGAUCACAGGAUAUCUUUUGUAACCGGCCUGAUGCCAUCCGAGGUGAUGGGAACAUCAGCGUUCAACUACAUGCACCCUGAUGAUAUGGUGUGGUCCAUAGUUGCACAGAAGCUAAUGUUUACCAGUACGCAAGGACAAGGGAUUGUGUCCUAUAGGCUUAAGUGUCGGGAUGGAAGUCAUGUAACGCUCAGAUCAAGAGGGUACCUUGAAGUGAACAAGCAAACUGGCCAGGUCGAGUCAUUUGUUUGCAUCAAUACUGUCCUGAACAUCAAGGAGGCUGCAAACGAGAUAAAAAAUCAGAGAAGAAAGCUUCUUCCCAUUGUGACAUCCCAGGAAUCGGACGAACACCUCAGCUCAAUAUCAUCCUCGCUGCCACCAGAGCUUAUGAUGAUUCUGAAACAAAUGAUGAACCCUGAAACAGUGCAAAAUAUGAUUAAAUCUGUUGAUUCUUUUGGAAUAAGCUUGGAAAACGAACAUUCAGGAAAUAAAAGAUCAACACAUUCAGAUACUACAGGUCAACAAACUCGUAGUCAUGAUUUGAUUAAUCAGGAAGAUUGCAAUGAGGCCAAUCCAUUCCAGAGUAGGCCAAAACGAUUUUGCAGUUUUGAUGCAUUUAGUUCAUCAGAAUGUAUUGGUAAAAAAUCUCUUGCAUUAAAUGAAACUAGAGUCAGAGAUGUAGAUGAAGUCAAGUGGCACAGUGUACCGUGCAAAACAUCAACUGUUUCAACCGAUAGUUUCAGUUCAUUCGUAACAAAUAAAUUUAGUUUUGAUAGAGAAACUCUUCUGUCAUGUAGUGAUCAAGCUCAGGAGAACUGCUCAACUGGCUCUUCCCAGUCAUACCCCUCUACUUCAGCAUUGCACAAAGGAAAUAUGAAUUACUUCCAAACUCCUGAUCAACAAUUUGGCAACAAUGAUCUUGCAUAUUCAGAGCAUUCUCAACAGUCUGAUACUGGUUGUGUGUCUACUGUUGUUCAUUAUCAGAAAGCUGGGAUGUAUCCAGAGAGUCCUCAACAAAGUGAUACCGUCCACAUGCCUACUGUAGGUAGUCAUCCAAAGAGUCCUCAACAGCAUGAUACUAGCUGUGUAUCUACUGUAGGUCAUCAUCAGCAAGCUGGAACAUAUCCAGAGAGUACUCAGCAGUGUGAUACUAGCCACGUAUCUACUGUAGGCCAUCUUCAGCAAGCUGGAACAUAUCCAGAGAGUACUCAACACUGUGAUACUAGCCGCAUAUCUACUGUAGACCAUCUUCAGCAAGCUGGAACAUAUACAGAAAGUCCUCAACAGCAUGAUACUGGCCAUAUGCAUACUGUGGGUAGAUAUGAGCCUGCUGGAACAUACAGUUAUCAGAACACUGAGGAUGCACGCUCACCUGGUAACUGUGACCAAAAUAUAAAUACAAAUUUACCUUCAGUCAAAACUUCUACGUGCAAUUCAAGGGUGGAUGUGCUCUCACCUGAUACUUUUGGCCAGAAUAUAAGAUCAAGUACAUCUUUAUCAUUACCUAGCAAUUAUGAACAUAGUACAAGUGUAGGCCUGAGUCCUAGAAAUCAGUAUGUACAAGACAGAAGUGUAGCAAUAUUUUCUUCAGACAGCAGCCAACAAACUGGCAGUGGUAGUAUGCUGUUUACAGGCACCAGUUUGGAAAACAGAAAUGUGAAUAGUGUAUCUACUUCAGGCAACUAUCCAACGACAAGUGACAAUUUACCUUCUACAGGCAACUAUGAACAGAGUAGAAUAAGUGUAAUGACUUUUUCGAGCAGCCCUCGGCCGAGUGAAAGUAAUAUAACAAAUAUCCCAAGUGGUAAUCAUAAAUAUAGUUGCACUAUUGCGUCUCCUGAUUGCAGUUAUAAACCAAUGGAUGAUGGCAAAAUUACCUGUUCAAAGGACCGCUCUUCAGGUAUUUUUGAAAGCCAGUUAUCCCCUCAGUAUUUUCAGACCUUCAAAAUACAGUCCAGUCAACAGCUUCUUCAGCAAUAUCACCAGCGUCAACCAGGUGCAGAACACUUUCAAAGCACCACGUCUUUAAUACGGGAACCCAAAUAUUCUACAUCGCCAGAAUUUGAUAUCAAGAUGCAGAGACAUCAACCACCAUUGCUGCAAAAGUCACAUAGUCCUCUUGUAGCUCAACAUGAUGGUGAACCAGAAGUGGGACACAUUGGUUUCAUGACCAAUUCAAGCCAAUGUCUUCCUUAUGGUUCAGCAGUUGUAUCAGAAGGAGGCAAAGGAGUGCAUCAACACUGUGUAACAUCAGCAUCGGCAGAGAGUGGUAUACCUGUACAAUGUAAUACCAACUUUCAGUUGAAUGUGACCCAUGCUGCCUCAGGUAUGCCAACCUUGCCUGAGGUAUCUACAAGUCACAGUCAACAAAUAUUUGAAAGUGAGCUAAAUGAGCACCUAGGCACUAGAGAUGUAGGUGAGGAAAACAUCUCUAGGAGAAGCACGCAAGUUCCUCAUUGCCAGUCUUUCACUCAUCAAGGAGGUGGGUACAUGAACAGACAACUUCUAACUCCUGUUAGCAGGCUGAGAGCUUUCCCUUCCCAUGGUAAGCCUUACCCACUAGUUUUCCCCUGGAACAUGACCCACGAAUUGGUAUAAACCAGGUACCCAGUUACUGCUGGGUGAACAGGUGGACAGUUAAGGACUGGCACCCAGACAAUCCUCCCAAGCCAGGACUCAAACCCAGAACAAAUCACUCAAAAGGAUAAGCAACUACCUGUACUGGCAGUUGUUACCUUAAGUUGUAUGUAGUUUCCCAGAAUGAAUUUUUAGAACAAUGUACAGAAUAAUAAUAAUGAUAAAGCAAAUAAUAUUGUGUUUAUACAAAAUAUAAACACUUAUUUCAGUGUUUACACAAAUAUAUUUUUGGUAAAGCCACUAAUCAUGCACAUGUCGAAACAAUCAAAAGAUACAGCAUUGUAAAAUUCACUAAUUGUAAAUGAAUCAAUUAAUGUUCUACUGUUAUUGUAAAUAUUAAAUACUGUAUCUGUAAUAUUGCUAAAGCUUCACAUUGUUUAACACAAUAGUUUAUGCCUUAGUGAUUAAACACCACUUAAAUUUUGACUGUAUAAUCUGCUAAAUUUCUUAAACAAUUCAUAUAUGUUAGUUUAUUAUUUAGAAUUAAAUGAUUAAUUUUAUUAAACUUAAAAAAAUUAUUUUAAGCUAUACCCGAAAUGUUUCGCAUAUUAAAGGCUUUAUUUAAUAUACAAUCUUUCCCUACAAAUAUACCGCUGUAAUAUGUUCUUAUGUACUGUAUAUUUUAUUAAUAAAGUUAUUAUUAUUAUUAUUACUGUAUU